GGGGCUGUCUGAGGCUGCCAUGUUGCCUGCGAGGUAAACGCUCGUCCAGCCCAGAGGAGACACUGCGGCACCGAGUCACGGUGCUGGUCUCUGCUCGCCGUGCGGCUCUCAGGUUCCGCGCGUUGCUUAAUUCGGACAUCCCGGAAGAGCCCCGGUGCGACGCGCAGCUGAGUGACGGGACAGGGAGGCAGGAGGGGACCGCACGAGCACAGCACAGGCACGGAUCCGUCCGUAUACUGACAGUCCCAACCAAACAUCUGUGGACAUUUGCGGGACCAGGGGAGGGAGUUUUGUCACCAUGGAAGGUUUAAUGGAGCGGCUGGAGCAAGCUGUGACUCGCCUGGAGAAGAUGUCCGUCACAAUGGCGGCGUCCAGCGGCUUGGCUAAUGGGGACUGUGUCAAUGGCAUCGACGGAGGUUUGUCUCUGUGUGUGGAGGCCUUCGACGUCCUAGUGACAGGUCCAUUGUCAGAGUACCUGAACUACAGCUGCGCCAUAGGAAGUGAAGUGGAGAAACAUGCGGACCUGGUUAACAAGGCCGUGCAGACUCAGAGAACUUUUCUCAAGAUGGCCGCCACGCACCAUAAACCUGCACAGAUGGAGCUGCACGACCUGCUGAAGCCAAUUUCGGAUCACAUCCAGGAGAUCCAGAGCUUCCGUGAACGAAACCGCGGCAGCAUCCUCUUUAACCACCUGUCAGCGGUCAGUGAGAGCAUCCCCGCUCUAGGCUGGGUGGCUGUGAAUCAGAAGCCGGGUCCGUAUGUGAAGGAGAUGAACGAUGCUGCCACCUUCUACACCAACAGAGUGCUGAAGGACUACAAGGAAACGUUAAGUCUGUCUAAUUCUGACUGGGUGCGUUCUUACCUUUCAAUCUGGACCGGGAUGCAGUCCUUCAUCAAACAGUACCACACUACAGGCCUGGUGUGGAGCAAGAGUGGUCCUCAGGGGCCCCCAUCGCUCCUGCUCUCGUUGACCCCCCCCAGUGCUCCCUCCUGUCAUCCUCCGCCUCCUCCCCCCGGCCCACCUCCGGUCUUCACUGAUGAUGACUCCCAGCCUCAGGCGGGCAGUGCGGUGGCCCAACACUCAGCACUCUUUUCCCAGCUCAACCAGGGCAUGGACAUUACUAAAGUUCUGAAACACGUAUCAGAUGACAAGAAGACCCAUAAGAACUCCAAUCUGCGUUCACAAGCAACACCGACCAAAACAAAGUCCUCAGGGACCGUGAACUCAGCCAGGGCAGCUGUUCAGAAAAAGCCUCCUCUGCUGGAGCUUGAGGGGAAAAAAUGGAGGGUGGAGAACUUUGAGCAGAAACACGACCUGACGAUUGAGGAGACGGAGCUAAAACAAGUGGUCUACGUCUUUGGCUGCAACAACUCCACCCUUCAGAUUAAGGGCAAAAUUAACUCCAUCAUCAUAGACAACUGCAAGAAGCUGGGUUUGGUUUUUGAGAAUGCCGUUGGGAUUGUUGAGAUCAUCAACUCCAAGGGGAUUCAGUUACAGGUGUUGGGAACAGUUCCCACCAUUUCCAUCAACACGACGGCGGGCUGCCAGGUCUACCUCAGCAAGGACUCCAUCAACUGUGACAUUGUCAGUGCCAAGAGCUCUGAGAUGAACAUCCUGAUACCACAAGAUGAGGAAUAUAGGGAGUAUCCAGUACCGGAGCAGUUCAAGACCGUUUGGGACGGCUCAAAACUGGUGACUGAGCCGACUGAAAUCGCAGGCUGAUUGAUGCUUCAUCUUCAUUACCACUGUGUUAAUUGAUUGUUUAUUUUUUAAUAAUCUCUAUCCGAGAUAUAAAAGGGAUUAUUACUGCAAAAAAAGCAACUUUUGGUCCACCUGUAUUUGUGACUUCAUGUCUCACAAGUACUUUGAAACAGUUGAUUCUGAAAAAUUUGUGAGGAGGUUGAUUGUCCCUCUAGAAAACACAUCCCCACAUGUAUUUACCUUUUCUUAGAUUUCUGUGCCAUACAAAUAAAGGCAUUUAUGUAAGACUAUGUAACUAUUGAAAUAUAAUCAAUUAUAUUUCAACAUUGUUAUGACUACCAUAUGAGAGUAAAAGCACCAUUUAGACCACAGGAGUAAAACUAUAUUUUCCAGAAAAGGCUCAAGAUUACAUAACAUGCACACGUGAGUCAGUAGCCAGGCAGACAAAAAUAACUUUGUGUUAAGUAUUGGACUACUUGGUAUAUUUUCUAUCUAAUGAAGUGUAUCUUAGAUACCUCUUUAAAUGUGUAUUGUGCAUGGUAGUCACUAGUCAUGUAUUAUGCUACACCGCUCACUGCAUUUGUACACCUUCCAAAAACUGACGGUAGUAGUAACUUUCACAUUUGAGCACUUCCUCAACCUUUGUACUAAGAUGUAGCACAUGGCACCAGCAUAAAUAAAGAAGAUAGUAAUUACCACUAAUGUGUUCAACAUUUUUAAUUAACGUGAAAGCAAAUGUAAUUGUGUAUCAUUUUCAAAUAAAAUCAAACCCUC